CCGCUUGAUCCUCAUUUCUGGUUCUUCGCCUGGUUCGCAGUGUUGGCAUACCUCAUAGUAGCUGGCACCAGCUAAUUAUCACUUGUACGAGAGAUAUCAGACAAUCCUGACCACUGCGUCCUUCACCCAACUCUCGAAAGUACCUCUCGGGACCCAGACGGUGAUCGACCCUUUUGGGCCCCGCCCGCUAUCGAUUUCCAGUUCCCGCCCACCUUCCAAUCCUCCUGCUACUUUUCUCCCCCCCCACCGCUUGUGCUGCUUCAUCCUCUCUUACCCAUAUUCCUCCCCCCUUUCACUCAUACAAACACAGCCCACCAUGAACUGGCUUAAGUCUACUCUCGCGAGCGUUGCUGGCACUCAGGAACCGAUCUAUGGCCCGGAGGCUAUCAGAUCGGUUGCCCAGCAGGCGCAAGAAACCCCUUACACCGAACUCACCAAGGAUGAUCUCCGUUGGCGUGCUCACCAAUAUACCAACGUCGAGACUCAUGUCUUCUAUGUCAUGGGCGACAAUGGUACCCUAGCACUGUGCCAGGUCAUCUACAGCAACAUUGUUGGAAUUCAUACUACCGCCCAGUUCACUUCCAAGAUCUUCAACCUCAAGGGUGACGCUCCCCACAACUGGCACUCCGACCCUCUCUCCAACUUCAUGUUCGACGAGAGCAUGCUUUCCUUUGGCGCCGACAACCUCGCCGUGACGCUGAAUGAGGAAGGAGAUACCUACACUAUCAAGUCGGCGGUGAAUGAGGACAGUCUGGUGAACUUGACCUUCAAGCGCACCGCUCCGGGCUUCGUUGUCGGCAAAGACGGUACUUCAUACUUCGGCACGGAUCCGCAGAACCCCUGGGGCUCUAUGAGCCAUGCCUUCUGGCCUCGUUGCGCCGUGGAAGGAACCAUCACCACCAAGGAACAGAACUUCGACCUCAAGGGUCGCGGCCUGUUCAUCCACGCGCUCCAGGGCAUGAAGCCCCACCACGCGGCUGCGAGAUGGAACUUCCUCAACUUCCAGACCCCUACUUACUCGGCCAUCAUGAUGGAAUACACUACCCCUCCCUCGUACGGAUCCACCGUGGUCAACGUCGGUGGUAUUGUCAAGGACGGCGAGAUCGUCUAUGCUGGUAGCACCAACACUGCCACCCACACGGAAUCGAACCAGGAUGCCGAGAGUGACUGGCCCGAGCCGAAGUCCAUCAAGUGGGUCUGGGAGGGCAAGUCCAAGGAUGGCAAGGAGGUUCACGCCGAGGUCGAUGGAGCUCUGGGCAGCCGCCUGGACCGGAUUGACGUGAUGGCCGAGGUCCCGGGCUUCAUCAAGACCAUUGCUGGCAGUGUUGCCGGUACCCGGCCGUACAUCUUCCAGUACUCUCCCCAGGAGAAGCUAUCUUUGAAGCUUAAGAUCGGCGAUGAAGAAAUCACCGAAGAGGGUACUUUGUUCUCUGAGGCGACUUUUAUCUCAUAGAGGGAGGACAUGAUGCGGACAUUGUCCCGGCGUUUUGAGUGGUGUUGAAUUUUCACGCUCCCCUUUCAUGCAUCCAUACGCACCGCAACGUGAUAUUGAUUCUAAUAGCCUAUAAACUUACCACGAUAUCUAAUGUUAUGUCAUGUGUUAC